AUGUCAAGAGAUCGCCGUAUCAUGAAGGAGCUUGCCGACAUCCAACAGGAUCAUGACAGCUCGGGUAUUAUUGCUGCUCCCGCAUCCGAAGGAUCCAUGAGACAUCUAAAGGGCACCUUUCCCGCUCCUCCCGAUACGCCUUACUCUGGGGGAACCUACACAAUCGACAUUCAGAUUCCUGAUCAAUAUCCCUUCAAGGCACCGGUGAUGAAGUUCGAUACAAAGAUUUGGCACCCCAAUGUCAGCAGUCAGACUGGUGCUAUCUGCCUUGACACACUUAGCUCCAACUGGUCUCCCGUCCAGACUAUCAAGACCGCCCUCCUCUCCCUUCGUAUGCUACUCGAAUGCCCCAACCCCAAGGACCCUCAAGACGCAGAGGUUGCAAAGAUGAUGCUGGAGAGUCCCGAACGGUUCGCUGUCAUGGCCCACGAGUGGGCAGUCAAAUACGCUGGGGCCCCACGAAAAGAGGUUGAUUUGAGUCAGUACCGUCAAGAAGGCACUCCCGCCCCUCCCAAAAAUGAUAACGCUCGUUAUCAGGGAUACAACAAGGACCUCGUGGAAAGGUUUGUCAACAUGGGCUUCGCUCUUGAGAGUGUUGUUGAGGCCUUCAUGUUUUUCGGGAUAGACCGCAACGGAGGCAGGGACUACGAACUGGAGGAGGCAUAUAUGGGUGAUGUUGUUGCCCGACUGCUUGGCGAGCAAUAA